AAUAUGUAUGUUGCAGGUCAAAUUUAAAUUCAGGUUAAAUUUUUAGCCGAAGGGAAAUUCUUAAAAUCCUUUGCCUCCUAGCCUUAAUUUUUCAUAAAUUACACAAAGUUAUUAGACAAUGCUAUUAGACAAAGUAAAUAAACAAUCAGUGAAUAUUGACCUGUAACACUUUAACGUGAUUUUUUCAGUUAUAAAUGGGUCGUCCCAUUUACAUACGUCACGGGAGCUAAAUCCGAACCUACAUCCAAGCUUCUAAACAUGACGUCAGGUAUGAAAUCACUUCUGUUUAUGUUUCCCGUGCUCAGCAUUUUAUUUUAGUAAUUUAAGUUUCCGUUGGUAUUUUCCAUAAUUAUAAACUUGAAGGUCAAUUAAAAUAGCUGUUGUUAAAAUAGGUAUAUAAUUAACAAUUAGUUCAUGCGUCAGCGUGCGUAUGUCGAGAUAUUGAGCACGCGGGAAGUUUGGAGAGCACGAAAGAGGCGUAAGAGUUGCACGAGGCGCAGCCGAGUGCAACUCUAGCCUCUUGAGUGCUCUCCAAACUUCCCAAGUGCUCAAUAACUCGACAUACGCACAGCUGCAGCAUGAACUAAUUGUUUUAUAACAUCAUCAAAGCGAUCAAUGCAUCAGUUAACUUAUAAUUUUAUUAUUGUAGGGCGCGCUCAAAGCAGUACGCGUCAAUGUUUACGUGACUAUAUAUUUUUUUCCUCACAGUUAAUCUUAUGUUUUUAUCCUGAAACUGAGAGAAAGUGUACUCUAAAAUGAUUAUAAAAUCCAUAUUUAGGUGCUGGAAAACUAUUAAUUUACCGAAAAAUUGUUAUUGAGAGAAAACAAGUUUGCAAAGAAUGAACUCACGCCAUAGCCCGCACAGCUCGCGGAGAUGACAACAACAACAACACUCACCUCUUUUCCUCUUUUCCGGUUAACAAAUUCAAACGUUUCCUCUUAAAUUUCCUUAUAAAACACAUCGUAAACGCUUCCUUGUCUAUUGCUGAGUUAUGGAUGCACUCAGGAGACUCAGGAUUGCUAAGCUCACAACCACUCGAGGAAUUACGAAUAGUUUAUUGACGUCAUCAGCGUGCUCAAUAGGAAUAUGAAGCACGCUCGCGCUAUUGAAUUUGAUUAGGCGAAUUUUCUAGCUAUGUUAUAACUCUAAAUAAGAGGAAGUUUUGCUGGAACUAGCCAUAAACAGGUAGUGAUGGAGAAAUGGGUUUUCAUCAUUAAUUAAGAAAAAAUUGUUGCAAUAUUUUAUAAGGAAAAGCUUCCACGGUCGCGUAGGAAUAGCACCCCUUCUGAAAUGCUAAGAUUUAUGUGGUCGCAUAGGAGAAGUACUUGCACCAAGAAAACUUAUUUUGGCAAAAAUAUAUAUGAAUGCAUGUAUUUCUCUGCAUGCAAGUCAUAAAUUAACGAUCUUUUCAUAUAUCCAUGAUGAUAUAUCAGUUCAGUUAGUCCUGUUACGAAAAACCUACUUUGGUGUAUUUUGCUACUGUUAUUAGCUGAAAUUGAGUGGGAUGGUAGUGGCUGGCUCAAAGGAAAUGCAGGUCACACUGGCUUCUACAGAGUCAACUAUGCUCAACAACAGUGGGAUCAAAUUAUUAAACAACUGGAAACAGAUCACAAGGUCAGUGAUAGUGAUGGUAACACACACAGAAUCGUAAUUCCAGUCAAUUAAUCAGCGUACCAACUAUAUAUCUACCAGGGGACUUACCAAUGUGUAAAUGGGCAUUGACAAAACAAAUCGUGGAGGGAAGGGGUGGGGAGAGAGACUGAUGAGAAAACACCCUUUAUUAAAUAUUUCUUUUCGGUCUCUGUUUGAUUGGUGUGGAAUUUAAGUUUUACUCCCUUUAAAAUCCCGGUUUCUGGCCAGUAUCAGAUUUCAUCACGGUUUCUUCACAUUUUUUACCCAUCAGUGGAACGACCCGUCGUUCUCCAUUCUUCUUUUGUUGCCGGUACUUCUCGUGGAUCUAGUAAACGGAACUUCUUCUGCUUCGGAUUCUUUUUAGUAUCCAAUUUCAUUAAAUCAAUAUUCUCACCACCUUCACUUUCAACUGCAUCAUCUUCGUCGCUCAAGUCUCCUGAAUCUUCCGUUUGCUGUUCUUCCUCUCCCAUCGGUGUUAAUGGGGUAUUGUAAACUGCAGUUUAAAUUGCCUUUUCAUUCAUGCGUAUAUACACUCCGUGCAAGUUAUGACAUUCUGCGUACUUGUUUAGCUCUUUCACGGCCAGUUUCCGCAAAGUCCCUGACUGAAUAAAGUUAGCCCAGUCGUAAGUGUAAUUUUGUUCGCACGCUUUUGCAUGCCUGUAUUCCUUUUUUUCCGUUGCUGUCUAUUACUUCUUAUCUCACAUCACCUAUGCAGCCGUUCAUAGUGCUUCACAGUCUUUCAUUAAAUUCGUAACCACUCAUAAUCCCUAUUACUAAGUUCUCGGCUCCCGGCUUCCAGUUGAAUUUGUUGGAGCUCUGCAGUUGCCCUUUGGCAAAAAUGCAGUUUCUUGCCUUGUGCUCUGGAGGGGAAUUCAACAAUCUCCUUGGGAGAGCGAUCUUCAUUUGUAUUUGGAGCGCUGAAGACGCCCAGGUGAUAACUGACCUUACCUUGACCUAUCUCGACAAGGACAGGGUGUGUAUUUUAUCACAGGUCCUCGCAACCGUCGGAUUCGAUAGUAAUCACAUUUGCCUUUUUAUUUAUUACAUGAUUAUUCAAACUAAAGUACUCCACGUAUAGUUCUCUCUUGAUUGAUUAUGCUCUUGCAUUAAUAGAUCCAGUUCUUUAGUUUUUUUUUUACAGUAAUUGGGAAAGAAGGCUUGCUCGCUUUCUGGUACUUUUGUUACCUAGACUUUAAUUGUUGAAACGAAAAUAAAAAUGUGUGUUUUUCGUUCAUAAGUUACAUGCAAAUGUAAACUAUAAUGUCAACCGAAUUUUCUUGGCAGGUAUUUUCGGUGAAAGAUAGAGCAGGGUUGAUUGACGAUGCUUUCAAUCUCGCCAGGUAAUCUAUAUUUAAUUUACUAUCUCUCUGGUGUUCUGUCGACCUGUGGUGUGUUCUGGGGCCCGUUUCUCGAAAGGCCCGGUAACUUUACGGGCCCGAAAUCAAAUAUUCAAAUAGAAAUAAAAAGAAUAAGAGCGCGGGUUCUGGCUAAAAAACUACUCUAUUUUGUUUCAUUAACUGAUGGUUUUAUCAUGUUAGAUGCAAAACUACUGAAACCCCGGUCUUUAAUGUAAACGGCAACAGCUUACCGGGCCCGUUAAUUAUCGGGACUUUCGAGAAACGGGCCCCUGGGCAACCAAAUUUCAAUAGAGCUGUUUAUUCAAAUUUCGAAUUUUUGCAAAACUUGAUGUUCAAUAAUGGGGUUUUAUUUAUUAAGUUAAGAUGAUCAAUAUCGUUUGGCAAUAACUUUAACUUUUCUUAAUGGAUGACCCUAUUUGACUGUGUACUUUCUUGACGGUCAAGAAUUAACGCAGUUGAAAUCCAAGAUGGCGGUCAUUUGGAAUCAUGACGUAAUUUCAUCUUCGUAUGAUGUCAUGAAUUCACGUGGUGAUAUUAGCCUAGCUUAAACAACUGAGAAGGUUUCAUAUGUUAUUAGCUCAUUUUAGCAAAAUCUAUAGAGUUUACUCUCAUAUAAUCGGCUAGUACACACCGCCACUACUACCAGAUGCAGUCUGUCAGUACUUCAUUUAGUAAUUAUUAACUUGACGUUUUACCUCCUUCGCUCCAGAGGUGGAUACCUUAAGUAUUCUGUAGCGUUGGGAAUCACUAAAUAUUUGAAAAAUGAGGAUGAAUAUGUACCUUGGGCAGCUCUCGACAACAACAUAAAGUUUGUUUCAAGGAUUUUACCUCAGUCAAGUCCGGCUUUUAAGUACUUAAAGGUACGUUUAACGAGUUUCUUUUGUUUUUUGUUUCUAAAGAAACCCCAAGGUUAAAAAUGACAAUUGCUAAAUAGAUCAGUUGAUUUUAUUCCUUGCCGGAUGGAUAAUGAACAAUGACAAUGAAAUUUUCAAAUAACCAAGUUAAAGAUUACAGCUCACUCUGGGCAGUUUUGGUGUACUAUGAAGGCAUAUAAUAUGUUCGUUUGGCUGUAAUGAAGUAUCGCUUCAUUAAUGAAUGCAGGACUGACUGUCAUUUACUAUUACGGAUGUUUAUCAUUAAUUUUGAGCAUCAAAAUAUCAUGUCACAAAUGUUAUACAGAAUAUCAAAUAGACACCAUAUGAUAAAGUUAAUACUAAUUAAACUAUUAAUUAAAAAGUAAAUGAGGCAGUCCGAAUGGAAUAUAAUGCCUAAAAAUUGUACAUUUUUUAGAGAUACCUUCAGUCUCAAGCAAGGACCCAGUAUGCAAAACUUGGUUUUAAAGACAGCGGAAGUCAUCUUGAUGUGUAAGUUGUUGGUUGUAGCACUAUACGUGUCUAAAACAGGAACGUUAUUGGUCGAGGCGACAAGAGACAUAUUUUAUUAAGUUUUCUACGGCUCUCGGCUCAGACGCUUCUCAUCAUCAUAGCAGCUAACUUGAUGUUGCCAGAUCAUGAUCCACCCUAACUUUAGCUGAAAGCUGAAUUUUUAUCUUUAGCUAAACCGGGAAGAGAAUUUUUUAAAAUUAAAAUCGUUUUGUUUUGCAGGUACAAAAGAAGCUUAAUACUAAGCGUGAUGUGCAGUGCGGGAGAAGCGUCAUGUCUUAAGAAUGCAUCUGAUUAUUUCAACAAGUGGAUGGAAGAUCCCGUUCAGUAUCCGUAAGUGCAGGCGUUCCUUGAUCCAGGAAUUUAAAGCGGUUCUUUAAUAGUGCAGCUUUAGAUAUAUGCGACGCUUAUCCACUCCCAUGCAACGUUUCUAUGCUACAUGUUGUUGUCUUUGUGUAUUCCAAUUAUCUGCAACAGUGGAAAACUUAGAAUUUCCUUUUUUUUAAAAUUGGCUUAAGCUGUUGCUGGAUGUACGCUACCAAAUCAGUUUUGGGCCUGUUCCCUUACGGAGCAACUAAAAUCUUUGAACUUUACGAGAUUAAAUCCUCUAGUGGCUUUGUCAGUUUUUAAGUUUUUGCAGAUAAGAGUUUCAUCUGCCAACUUUCAUGGUAUUAUGGGUAAAGUGUGUUACCUGUUAGAUAUUUAUGUGGGAAACUGUUAUGUGAUAACUAUUUAAUAGCUGACACCUUGAGGAGUUAAUAACACUGUUCGCAAAUAUAAAAAAAUGUUAGUGUUGCGAAGACACGCUCUUUUUUAAAUCCCCAAAGUCGAGUCUGUGCUUGUAGCGUCGCGGGGUCAAAUUUUUCCUCAUUUUGCCUGCUAAAAAUUAUCCCUUGAACGUGUCUCCCCCAAAAUGGACAACAUGACCUUUUAUCUUUCUCAUCUUUAAUCCUAAUAGCUAAUAGCUUUUCUUCCCAAUAGUGACCAAAAUCAAACUUCCAUAAAAUUUUCAAAUUUUAUUUUGUAAAAUGCUGGAAACAAUUAGAAUCAUGUGAGAGGGAUGCCAAAGAGGUUGUUUUUGAAUGAUCCACAGAACGGAACUUUUCCGUCCACAAACUGAAAAGAAAGUUAAAACCAACCACCUUACAAUUACAAGACUCCAUCAUUCACUCUUGGAGUUGAUAUUUUGUUGUUGUUGGUUUUUUUUUUUUUGCAGCGUGCCAGCAAACCUACGCUCUCUGGUGUACUUUUAUGGUGUAAGAAAUGGUGGAGUCAAGGAGUGGAAUUUUCUCUUUGAACAGUUUCAAAAGUCAUCUGUUGCAAGCGAAAGACAGCAGUUUCUUUUUGGUUUGGCUGGUGCAAGUGAACCCUGGCUCUUAAACAGGUGCAGUACUUGCGUCGAAAGGAAAAUGAAGCGUGGAUUCCGCUGGCAUCAAGAAAAAUGAUUUUUUUGACAAAACAGAUCGCGCGUAUUUUCUGCUUCAUUGUAUAUAGCAUGCCGCUGACCACAGUUACCCCUUUUUUGCAAACUCUCUUUUGACUAGAAAAAAAUAAAUUGGUAUAAAAUGACUAGCAACGACUAGAGCGCAAUAAACUAUCCUUGUUUGCGAAUUGAUUGAUACAGUAUUUUGUAUCUGAUCUUCAGAUCUAUCGCUUUUCUUACUUACGGACAUUACGGACAGGAUAUGACUGCAUAGUGUUACAGGGUUCUUCGUUUUGCGAUAGAGGACGUUUGAAUUCUAGGCUUUUGCGUGAAGCGGCAUUUAGCUGGCGGCCGGGAACUAAGGCUCUUACGUGGGUUAAAAACAUUACCAAUUUUGGGAGAUUUUGCUAUCUAAACAUUCCUUGUCUGAGAAUAAAUAUCACUUUAAUCCUUUAUGAGUUUUUCAAGCGACGAAUUCACGCAUUAGUAGGAAAACUCAAAAACAGAUGUUUCUGUUGGUUUCCAGCGGCCAUAUUUGUGCCCCUCAAAGGGACACAAACACAAAGCUUUAAAAUUUGGGUAAAACGUUUUUCCGAGUAUCUUGCAUAUGAAAUAUCGCACAGACCUGAUUCUUGGCGAGGCCCUUUGAAUAUUUAUCUUCUUUUAUUUCCUAGAUUCUUGACUUUCUGUAUUGAAUGGUUUGCAAUUAAAUUUUUGAUUGCGUGACAGUGAAAACCCCCAAUAUUAUCAUUUUUCUUGUGAACGAGUUGAGUUAAUUCCGCGAGUUUUCUUCCUAGGUACUUGGAAUAUUCCGUGCGUCCAAAGAAGAUCAGAACACAAGACACUCGUUCUGUAAUUUUAAACGUCGCCUCCCACAAUCCUUAUGGCCGGCAGUUGACGUGGCAGUUUAUCAAACUUAACUGGGACUUUAUCAUGGAAAAGUUAGUACUUUUGAAUUUACGUUUGUUGGUCAGUAGUUAAAUAAUGAAAAAGGUCAUUUGCUUCUCCCGAGAACCUAUUUUCAGCCUGUUUUUAAUUUUGAGCAGACGCGUACAGUUACCAUAUUUGGAGUGCAUGAUAUAGUAGGUCAUAUACCAUGAUGGCUAAGCCAAUCAGAGCUCUUGAAUUGCAUUAUCCAAUGAUUCAGUUUUUGAUAACAACAGUUAUAUGACCCUUAACAUUCUCGAACAGAAAGCGAUAAAUCGUAGGGGCUGAGACUUAACGACGCUAGCCAGUGUUACAAACGGUUUUUUUAAAAUUUUUCUUUCAUGUUAGGUUUACAGACACUCAUUUCAAAUUUCUUUGGUAGUUUUCUUGAUGAAUCCUUUAAUGAGUUCUUAUUGCGGUAGUGUUCUUUUUUUUUCCAACAAAUAUAUUACUCAAUGUUUAUUUCCGUGUGGAAUUCGUUUUGAUUACCAGAUUUGGUGGAGGAUUUUACACAAUAUCUAAGAUAAUUCUUGGAGUUACAGAAGGAUUUGCUACUGAAUACCAACUCGAAGACGUAAGUAAAAAUAACUGUUAACUGCUAACAACAAUUACAUUUUUCUUGAGCGUCAGUCGAUGAGGAAACUGACGGCCAACAUUAUUUUAAAGUGGCUUUUACUACGCAACAAAACCAAAAGACAAAGUCGCCUCCUAUGUCAACACAAUUGUCCUUGGAACAAAAAUGGCAUGAAAUUUUCGUUAACCUGGGUCAUGAAUGUCUUUUUUAAAUCGUGUUGUAUUGCUAUGGCAGAUUUUAUGUAAAAUAAGUAUUGAGUGUUUUUUUUUUUAAGCUCGACUCCUUGAGAAUAUUGUGAUGGCCUUAAGUGGUCACUAAUAACUGAUGCUUUCUUUCUUCUUUUGGUAGUUAAUAAGCUUUAACAAGAAUCAUCCCGCUGGUUCAGGAGAGCGGGCUCAACAACAGGCCGAAGAAACAGUUAAGGCGAACAUUCAAUGGCGUCAAGACCACGAGCAAGAUAUUGGCAACUGGCUAAAGGACUUCCUUCAAGCCAAUAAUAUACCGUAUAACUAGGACGACUGUUCCCAAAUCAAUUCAGAGUCUGUUCAUUUCAUGUACUGUUGAUAAUGUUCAUGGGACACUUUCGAUAUAGAGCGAGUCUUAGAGGACAGAAACAAAGAAAACAAAUAAACAUGUUUAUUCAUAAUUGUUUAUUCAUUUUUUUUUUGUUUAGGUUCUCUAAGACUCACCAUCAUGCUGAAUUUAAAUAUAUCGAAAGUGACCUAUCACAAUAUCCCCUAUCUCAUUUUACGUAAGACGAAUAACUUUCACCACCAAACCUCUUUUUUUGUAA